CCGAUAUUUGCUUAUAAAUUCAAUUUGCCCUAACAUUCAAGCAUCAUAUUUACUCUCUGCUUCGUCCGCCGCUCUCUCUCUCCCAAAUUCAACUUUUCUCUUGCUCGAAGAUUUUGUGUAACUUGUUAAAAUGAGGGGAAGGAGCUACACACCUUCACCACCAAGAGGUUAUGGCAGAAGAGGAAGGAGCCCUCCGAGAGGAGGAGGAGGAGGAGGGCGCUAUGGAAGAGGAGGAGGGGACAGAGGUGAUGCUCCAACCAGCCUGUUGGUGCGCAACCUUCGCCAUGAUUGCAGGCCCGAAGACUUGCGGAGGCCUUUUGGACAAUUUGGGCCGAUUAAAGAUAUUUAUCUGCCUAGGGACUACUACACUGGUGAUCCUCGAGGAUUUGGAUUCGUUCAAUUUGUGGACCCUGCUGAUGCAGCAGAUGCUAAAUAUCAUAUGGAUGGGCAAAUAUUGCAAGGUCGUGAAUUGACUGUUGUUUUUGCUGAGGAGAACAGGAAAAAACCAACUGAAAUGAGGUCCCGAGAAAGAGGAAGUAGUAGGGGAAACAGUAGAGGUCGCGUUUAUGAUAGGAGGAGAUCACCUCCUCGCUAUUCCCGAUCUCCCCGCUAUUCCUCCCGAUCACCUCCUCCAUCACGGGGACGUGAGUACUACUCUCCUAAGAGAAGAUAUUCAAGGUCUAUUUCCCCUCAUGAGAAGAGGUACAGCAGAGAGAGGUCGUACUCGCGCUCUCCACCACCACGGGAACAGUCCCCCCCACCAUACGAUGGACCAAGGAAGCGCAGUGGAAGUCCUGUGAGAGAACGAUCCCCAUUUGGGUCUAGGAGCCGCAGCCAGAGUCCAGGUCAAGGCCGUGGCCGUUCUCCAGUUAGAGCUCCUCCUGCUCGUAGCCCCAGCCGUAGCAGAAGCAGGAGCCCUUACCCAGCAGACUAUCCGACUGGACCCGUGAAAGAUAGGUCUCCUAGCCAAUGAGCUGAGCUGCGCUCGUUCGCACCUUGUAAUAUCGAAAACCCUGUGUUUAUCUAUAACUAACUAGAUCAACCUUGUUUUGUCUCAAACUUCCAUUGGUUUCAAGUUUCAACUGUUUCUGUAGCUCUUUCUCGCUUUAGACUAGUAGUCUGAUUAUGUGUCUUUGAUGGGUAUUUGGAAUGUUUGACAUAUCAGUUUAUGGAAUUCGCAUUAUUUUUGUGUUCCAUUUUA